AUGAUGGAAAUUCCAGAGACGGAGGCACAAGAAAAAGCGCAGGCCGUCCUUGACGGCGUGCUGCAAAAAGUGUCCCGCAUCCUGAACGAGCGUGCCGGACAGGGUGUUGAGGAAGAGAAGGCUAUGUCAGAGCCUCCGGAAUUUGACCCAAAUGACCCAGAUCUGCUGCUUCGCCCAAGCGACAGUAUCCUGACACGAAGAGAUUCCAGAUGCAUCAUCAUGGAUGCCUUCGAGCUGGGCAGAGAGUUUCCAGACGUGGAGAUUGAUCCCAGGCUUGUCUUCGACAAUCCAACUAUCGAACAGCUGUCUCAGGCCAUUGUGGACCUGCCUAAGUCCCAGAGGACCAAGAGCCUUGAGAGCCAAAGUACUGCUCACCCCCAUGCCAGCUAUGACAUGGCUCCCUUCACACAGAUGACUACAGGGGGAGACGUUCCCAUUACAACCUCCUAUCCAUACCAGGUCAUUGACACAUCCGGUGCGCGAUUCUCACGUGUGACGGAUGGUAUGGAGUGCAUGCGGAUUCCAGAGAGCACGGCCCGCAUUGGGGAUGAUUCCAUGCAGAGUGGGCGUGACAACGAGGGCCCCAGUCACGAGGUGCAGCUCACUGGCUUCUUGAUAGACAUCGAGCCUGUGAGCAUGGGUGCGUUCGCCCGUUUCCUCAACAUAGUCCAACCAACGCAGGAUCAGCUCUUCGACUGGUGCUUGUUGCCGGCUGAAGAUGCCAGAUGCUGCCACAUUCCUCUUACGCUAGCUGAGAGUGGCUGGCAGGUGAAGCCCGGAGUGCCUCCGAACUGGCCGAUGAUCCUCGUAUCCUGGUACGGUGCAAAUGCCUAUGCACUCUGGGCGCAUGGAUGCGACUGGCGAGGCUACAAGAGUGCUGAGCAGAGCUUCCUUCCCACAGAAGCCCAGUGGGAGUACGCGGCUCGGGGUGCAGAGCCAUUGCAGUACCCUUGGGGCAAUGAUACGGCUACAGCCGACUUGUUGAACGUGUGUUGGGAUACGACUGCCUACGACAACAAAGGCAACGUCGCAGCCCACGUGGCCACACCUCUUGAGGAGUUGCCCCUCGUUCCGGUGAAUGCGAAGCUUGGGAUGUCGCCAUUUGGAUUGAGAGGCAUGGCGGGGAAUGUGUGGCAAUGGUGCCGCGACACGUACCACAGCAACUUCUACCUUGCCACUGAAGCCAGCUUACCAGAUGCCUGGAAUGCUGAAGAGGGCGCCUUGAAGAGCGAGCGGGGAGGAAGCUGGGUUGGCCCAGCAUCGUUGGCACGUAGCAGCUACAGAAGAGGACGGCACCCAGAGGCCAAAGGUCGCUGCCUGGGCUUCCGCUGCACAGCGUCUGCCUCCUUGCUGGAAAACUAUGUUUAG